AUGAGAGCAGCCAUGCGAGCGGUUGGCGCCUUUCACCGAAGCGUGGGGCGCUCCUUUGCGGCUGCCCGGCCUAAACCCUUGCGUUAUGCGCUGCUGGAUGUGGACGGAGUUUGCAUACUCGGCGGCGCAGAAAUUCCAGGCUCUGCGCAGGCUCUUGCCAAGUUGCGCUCCUCUGUGCGAGCUUGCCGCUUCAUCACAAACCAAUCCCAGGAGCCUUGCUCGGUGGUGCAGAGGAAUCUGCGUGGUGCAGGCUUUCAUGUUGGUGAUGGCGAAAUCUUCAGUGCGCUUCGUGCUGCACGGCAUUUCGUGAAGCAGCGAAAGCUAAGGCCACUGUGUUUGCUCAGCUCUGCGGCCAUGGAGGAGUUCCGUGACGUGGCACAAGAGGAGCCAAACGCUGUGGUUGUCGGAACUGCACCGGAGCAUAUGCACUACGAGCGGCUAACCGAAGCAAUGCGAGUGCUCCAAGCCAGCGAGGUCUGA